AUGGAGCAUAGAGAUGAAGUUCUUAAUGGAGGCUAUAUCUUCUUCAAUAAGAGACUGGUAAUCAUGAAGGCUUGGGAUCCCAAUACCAAUUUCAAAAAGGAGGACAUUCAGACUGUUCCAAUCUGGGUUCAGCUUACUGAUUUGGAGAUGAAAUACUGGGGGCAAAAAGCUUUGUUCAAAAUCAUAGGCCAAGUUGGAGAGCCUAUUACGGUUGAUGCGGCUACCAAAGAGAGAGACAAACUAAGCUAUCCAAGAGUUCUUAUCCAAGUCUCAAUUCACCAAGAUUUCCCAGGUACAAUUUACUUUGAGGAUGAAUAUGAAAGUCAGAGACAGGAAUGGAUAGUCAAGAAUGAUAAGAGGAAACCAGAUGAGAAAGCACAAACAGCAGAUGGGGAAUUCAAAGAGGUCACAAAAGGUUGGAAAGUUAAAGGAAAAGCUCCAGAGAUUGGGCCCUCUACUUCCAACUCUUUUCAAGUCCUGCAUUCGACUUCUAUUACUGAGGGGAAUACAACAGAAUUAUUGACUGAUCCACAACAGAGGGAGGAAAUUGGGAAAACAGGAGGGGGGGAGAUCCCUCUCUUCCCAAUGGAUAAAAUCAUAUGUUGGAACGUCCGAGGAAUCAACAAUCAGCAAAAGCAACAUAUGGUCAAGCAAUUUAUUGCUAAUCAAAAAGCUGGUUUGGUUGGUCUCCUUGGGACGAGAGUAAAGGCCCCAAAGCUUGGAGCCUUAUACUUGAAUAUGUUUUCGGGUUGGUGUUUUACUUCUAAUUUGGCAUGGCAUAAGGGGGGGAGAAUUAUUUUAGCUUGGAACCCCAAUCAAUUUACUGUAAAUAUCAUCAGUUGCUCGAGUCAAUUCAUACAUACUCGAGUAACUACCUUUGAUGGUAAAUACAGUUUCUUUGCAACCUUUGUUUAUGGUUACAAUGAAGAACAAGGCAGACAGCAGCUAUGGAAGGGAAUGCAAGAUUUUUCUAGUACUGAUCCUUGGAUAGUACUAGGAGAUUUCAAUGACAUACUCAACAAGGAUGAGCGUAUAGGUGAAAGAGUAAGGCAUAGCAGUUCGACUGCAUUCACUAAUUGUGUUUCCUAUUGUCAACUUGAAGAUAUCAGAUACUCGGGAAGCUUCUUCACCUGGAACAAUAAACAGCGUGCUGAAGAUAGAAUUUACUCCAAGAUUGACAGAGUUCUAGCUAACGAAGUUUGGAUAGAACUUUUUCUGACUGCAGAAGCUAUUUUCCUUACAGAAGGCUUGUUCGAUCAUACACCAGCAGUGGUAUCCAUUCAUCCUACUUUACCGAGUGGAAGGAAGCCCUUUAAAUAUUUUAGGAUGUGGUCCUCCCAUCCUAGCUUUCAGCAGAUAUUGUCCACAGUUUGGAGUCAAAAAUUUCAGGGCACUAAAAUGUAUCAGAUUAUUGCUAUGUUCAAAGCACUUAAACCUGCCCUUAAAGAACUUAACAGAUGCCAUUUUUCAGAUAUACAAGCAACAGAUUUCAAAGCAAAGCAAGAUUUAGAUGAAUCUCAAACUCAGCUCCAAAAAGACCCGUUGAACAGUGAGUUACAAGAACAGGAAGCUACAGCAAGGAAGGUUUAUGCUGAAAUUCACAAAAACUACUGCUCUUUUCUGCAGCAGAAGGCUAGAAUGGCAUGGAUAAAAGAAUGA